AUGGCUCUGGAAACCCCGGUCGGAGCGUUCCCGAUCGCAGGAAUCAAUAAUGCCUCUUCAGCGGCUUCUUCAGCAGAUCGACCGCCUCCAGCCAGCCCCGUCUUACCCCACAAACAGGCCAAUGGAUCCACUCAUGCGCGAUCAUCACAACAAUAUGUUUCUUUCAACGGCAGUAGCAACGGUGCUGCCUCUACUACCAAUGCCAUCAACAAUAAUAACAGCAGUAGUGGCGUCACGAAUACCAAUCUUAACAGUAUUCAUACAGCCGGUGACAACCUUGCCCAGCAUCUGAACCAACAACAACAACAGCAGCAACAGCAACAGCAGGCAGCACCGAUCCGGUACUCGUUUGCGCACAGAGCCACCAACCCACCCGACGCUGCUGCCAGCUGGAAACCUACAAUGUCUUUGGAUCUCAUUUCACCCGGAGCUAGUCCCUUAACAUUGGCCACGAGGGAGAUGUUUACUAUCCGAGAACCUCUUCCUGUGUUCUACUUGGAAAAGAACUAUGUCGUCCGAGCUAGUUUGCCAAGAUCGUUCUAUAUGAUCAUGGCCCAGCAUGGUAUCAAGCACUGCAUUGUGUUUGAUUUCCCUGUUGGCAGCAAGUGGUGGAGUGAACUCUCUGGGUUGAGAAAGAGCACGUACGUUGAUAUCAAGGCCGAGAACUCGUCGGAGCGUUGGGAACUGCACCUGAAGCCAACGCGCGACCGAUCUAACAUCUUUGGAUAUAUUUGCAAGCACGAUUACCUGGCAAAUGUGAUCAACGGCCAAAAGAUGAACUUGCUUCACAAUAGGAAACUACCACUCGUCCUGGAUCUGGACGACACUCUCGUUCGGCUCAUUGGCAAUGAACGCACCCGAUAUGUCUCUGAAGCCGAUGCCAUGACUGUUCCUACAAGGAUCCGCACGUUGAAAGAUAGACGACAAGUGGUUUUGACGGACCAUGUGGAGGAGUUUUUGGAAUGGGCUUGCAGAUUCUAUGAGAUCUCUGUCUGUUCACUUGGUGAGCAGAGCUAUGUGGAACAGGUGGCGGAUGUGCUGGACCCGCUGAAGACACGGAUACGAGGACUCAAAUACUCGGCACGUCAGGAGUAUGAUUUCUUGAACCCUGUUGUCGUUGUGCCACCUACAACGGCAGCAUCCCCUGCACUGACAGCACCCGCACCAGGUGGUGCUCAACCUAACGGACAGGUCGACGCCACUACAUCUUCCACUUCUACGGCAUCAUCAUCAACAACGGCAGCUGCCGCAUCAACUUCAACAUCAACAUCAACAUCGACACCACCACCAGCAGCGACAACGACAGCGGCAACGACGACGACGCCACCUUCGCCAGUCUCGGCCGCUGGUCUUUCAACAGCAACAAUCACUGCAGCUGCUAUCGCAGCCACACAGCCCCCCACACCACCCAAGGACUUGCUUUCCUUGUACGCCUUCUGUGCUGCGAACAAACCCCCCACGGAUGGGUUACCUGAUAUCGGCACAGGGUUCUCGCUCCCCCUCAUCUUGGACGAUCUGACUCAGAUGUGGCCUCCAGACCAACACGACAAUGUGAUUGUGGUCAAGGAGCAACGUGGGGCUUCGGUCUGGACUGUGAAUCUGUUCCCGAUGGUUCAACAUGUCUUGAUGGCGGUCCAUUCCGAAUUUUUUAGGGCUUAUGAUCAGUGGGUUCAGGCUCGACAGGCGGCUGUUGCGUCGAUUACUAUUGGCGGCGCGCCACCAGCUACAGGACUCUCUGGAAGUGAGGCAGUAGGGGGAGCGAUAGAUUUCACGGCGACGACGGCGGCCAAGACGGCGUUCUUGAACAUGCCUGUUCCUUCGCCUAUUGGGUGUUAUAAGGAGUGGUUGAGAGGGUCUUUGAGCAAUCAGAUUAGCUUGACGUAUGCGGCUCCACCGGCCCAUUUGGUUACGCAGGUGGCUCAGCAGCAUCAGCAGGCUGCUGCUCAGCAGGCCCAGCAGCAGGCCCAACAACAGGCUCAGCAACAGGCCCAGCUAAAUAGUCAGCAUCCUCAACAGGCUCAGCAACCACCUCAGCAUGUUCAGCAACCACAGCCACAGCAACAACAGCAACAGGGAGGACAACAACCUCCUCAGCAGCCUCAAGCCUAG